CUUGUUUAGGAGUUUAUCUCUGUUUGGAGCAGCGUAGGAGAGUGGAGAAAUGAGCCUACACAUUUUACAUAGGGGUUACGAGAAGAGGCAACAUUCAUUAUCAGAAAAUGACAAGAGAAGAUUCUCAAAUAUUAGUUGUGCAAAUGAGUCGAGGUUACCUUCUCCAAAAUCCCAAUUGCCGCUCGCAAGGCCUGUGCCAAAAAGCUUCAAUGUCACUGUCGUCAUCAGGGCUGGGGAAUCAGAGGAAUUUCAAGGUUUUCAAAGAUCUACGAGCUAUUUGCGUGUGUGGAAAGGGAGGGACCUCGAUUCGAAACAAGUUUCAGGUUAUUUUCUAUGUGAAACAUUGAUCUCAUUCUUUGUUGAAGUGAAAAGGAGUAUGUUGGGAGGACAAUAA